UUAAUUAAAAGUAAUCAAAAAGUCCCAUCUAAAUAAAAGUGAUACUGAUAAAGUAUAGAUGACAUCACAACAAAUGAUUCCUCACUACCACGUAUACAGAAAACAUAAGUUACAGGAGUCAGAAUAAGGCAAUUUUAGGUCUUUUUAAAGAAGACCACCCCCUCUGAAGACCACUUCUUAAUUCAAUUUUGGAUGGUCUACGGCGCACAGAGGUUUCCCUGUAUAUCACUUACAUGGUCCACCAACAGGAGGAGCCAGAACCUAAUUCGGGGCGUAAUCUCAUAGCCCGCAGUCUUCCUCUUCAUCCAUUCGUAAGGCACAAACCUACAUCACGUGACUGUGACCAUGAGAAAGGAUCUGUCAGCGAGUGACAGCAGGUCUAGUGGGUGGAGCAAUUGAAAGUGAUUGACACAAACUCCAUCAAAUCAGAGGCGGCCUCACUGUUGUGGGAGAACCUAUACAUUGCUAUGAUUGGCGCAGCGGAGAAGAGGGGCAGGGAAGGUAAACCGUGUUGCCAUGACAGCGAGUACCCGAGCCGCCUCUUUCCCGGCUGGCCGCCAUCUUGUUGUUGAUUGGAACAGGUCAGUAGCGGGUGAGAAGAGCCGGCUCUGGGAGGAGACACCCGCGGGCUGCCGCCCCCCAAGUCCCGACCGGGAGCAGUGCCCGGGAGGUGGUGACAGAUCCAAGGAACGACUCAGAGGUAAAGGAGCCACGGCUGCUCCCCUUCUUCCACUCCCUACUGCUGCCCAGCCCCUGCGCUACUUUCCAUGCCCCGGCCGAGCAUAGGGUGUCUAACGCAAUGUGUGUUUGUCAAACCAUGGAAGUGGGGAAGUACGUCCAGAGCGCAGUGUGCGACAGGGGCCGGGGGGUCCUACUGGAGCCAUUCAUCCAUCAGGUGGGAGGACACAGCAGUAUGAUGCGAUAUGAUGACCACACCGUAUGCAAACCCCUUAUCACUCGGGAACAGCGUUUCUAUGAGUCUCUUCCCCCGGAGAUGAAGGAAUUUACCCCAGAAUAUAAAGGUGUUGUGUCUGUCUGCUUUGAAGGUGACAGUGAUGGUUACAUCAAUCUUGUCGCUUACCCCUAUGUGGAAAAUGAGUCAGCUGAUCAUGAAGAAUUUCCGGAGAGGGACCAUCCAAGACGCAAGCACUCUCGUCGUAGCCUGCACCGCACCAGCAGCACUGACCAUAAGGAAGAACGGCCGGCUCAAACAGGGGAGAACUCGGAGAGCAUCCCAGAAAUGAAGAGUCCCAGACUGGAGCUUCUGAUGCAGUCAGAUGUCCCCUUCCAGAUGCUGGAUGGUAACAGUGAAAUGACCUCAGAGCGGAUUAGCUACAACCCCUGGAGCCUGAGAUGUCACAAGCAGCAGCUGAACCGCAUGCGCUCUGAGUCCAAGGAGCGCAAGAUGUACAAAUUCCUCCUGCUUGAGAAUGUUGUCCAUCAUUUUAAGUUCCCAUGUGUCUUGGAUCUGAAGAUGGGAACACGGCAGCAUGGUGACGACGCAUCUGAGGAGAAAGCGGCCCGACAGAUGAAGAAGUGUGAGCAGAGCACAUCGGCCUCUCUGGGAGUGAGGGUGUGCGGCAUGCAGGUCUUCCAGAUGAACACAGGACAUUACCUGUGCCUGAAUAAAUAUUACGGACGAGGCUUAAGCACUGAGGGUUUCCGACAAGCUUUGUACCAGUAUCUCCACAAUGGUGUCAAUCUCCGCACUGACCUGUUUGAGCCGAUCCUGAGCAAACUUAAACGCCUGAUCUCUGUGCUGGAUGGCCAGGCUUCAUAUCGCUUCUACUCCAGCUCUCUACUUAUUAUCUAUGAUGGAAUAGACCGUCCAAGGAUGGCAGACCAUGUGGCCCAGGAAACACCUCCCAAGGUGGAUGUCCGCAUGAUUGACUUUGCCCACAGCACAUACAAAGGCUUCCGGGAUGAUCCCACAGUGCACGAUGGGCCAGAUAAGGGAUACGUGCUGGGCUUGCACAAUCUGAUCAGUAUCCUGGAGCUUAUUAGAGACGAAAACCAGUAGUUGGCUGGGGAGAAGUUUCAUUGUUUGUACUCUGCAGUGUGUCCUGAUUUCCACCCCCAACACCUCUUUCGUGUUCACCUGUUGGAGUAUUCACAACGGAAAAUGGCUGAAAAACGCACAGUAAAAAGCAGCGUGGAGGAUCCUCGCCCUGUACAUCAACCUCACAUCAUAAACUUGGUUUAAGCUGUAUCUCUCUGGCACAAGUACUGUCAUGGACAUUCUGCCUCCGUGUCUGCUGAAAAAAUAUGACCUUAAUAAUACUGGGAACCACUAAAUGUGCAGUGGAGUCAUAGCUGAAGCCGACUACAGAGAUAAUACAGCCAACCGGAGACACAAGGUGUACUUCCAAAUUUUGGGCCUUUCUUCCAUAUCUCCCCCUUUUUUAGUGGGAGAGAGUGGCUGUGGCUCUCCUAAAGGAAAGUGACAUCACUGCAUCAUGGCAAUGCUUCCUGGCCAGCCCGGGCCUCUCUUCUGGAUUAUUUUAUGUUUCCUUGCACUUGAGCUUUGUUUUCCAGGAGCCAGCACUCCUGGAGCAGACUGACAGACUCCAGAUUUCUGUACCGUUUCCGCUGCCCAGGGCCUGACUGUAGCUGUGGCCCCAUUCCACAUAAUUGUAUAUAUUUCUAUCUAAAUAUCCAUAUAUAGAGACCCAUAUAUAUCAGAUGAAAUCUAUAUAUUAGAGCUAUAUUAUCUACGCUUGUUUGUGUGCAAUGGCAUCUGCCCGCUCUGGAGCAACAGGGCUUUUAGUGUUCAUCAUUUCUUUUUUUUUUAUGCAGAAACAGGGAGUGUCUUUGUGAUGUAGUUUACAAUGGAGGAGGGUUACAUGGACCGUCCACUGACUACAGCGCCGGGGACAUUGGACAACACAAUGUAGCAUGCACAUUUUGUGUCUACCAUGUGUCCUUUUAAGCUUUACUUUAGUUUUUGCUACUUUGUAUUGGGUCUGACAUUACAAGUUUAUGCAUCUGAAAGCCAAAAUCUACAUUGGCACCGCAUGCCGACUACAUGGCUGCCGAUGACACUCAGUCUCAGGAUGAUCUGUGUUUAUUUCUGGUACGACUGAAGCUGUUGCUUUGUGUUCUCGUUUCCGCUGAUUUCCUUCUUAUUGCAGCAGACUCAAAAGUUGCAGGGUGAAGUGGACAGGUGGUCAGGCCAUGUUGUGGGUGGAAGGAUAAAGGAGUACUUCGGCCCUAAGACCUCUUAUCCCCUAUCCAAAGUAUAGGGGAUAAGAUGUCUGACUGGGGACCAGUUUCUCAUGCAGCACCCAACUGUUUCAGCUGCACGCAGCGCUGGAGGCUCCUUACGAUCACGGGGCUGGAGUAUCGUGAUGUCACGACUCCGCCCCCUGGUGACUUCACGCCCCGCUCCCUUAGUGCAAGUCUAUGGGAGGGGGCGUGAUGGCCUUCACGCCCCCUCCCAUAGGCUUGCAUUGAGGGGACCCCCGCGAUCAUACAUCUUAUCCCCUUAGGGCCGGAGUACCCCUUUAAACUGCCAUUUUUUGCCUAAACCAUUGCCAUCCCCAGGAGCCUAGUCUGUAUUUAUGACUGUGUCAGUUGCAGGAUGUUCUUCCUAAGGAAGACUAAAGAUGGGAUAAAGGAGAAAUACCUGCUACCACUUUCAGAUAAAGUCCUGACUGCAGCACCAAUCGGCCGUCCCAGCAGCAUUGAGUCUAUUACAUUAUGAUCGAUUUUCCUAUGGAAAAUUGUUCUGCUUGUAGAAAAACUGAAAGAUUAAAAGGUAGAAAAUACCCCAGCCUUUGCUGCAAUGAUCAGUUACAUCUCUCCAAUUAUAGAAGUGGAUGUGGUCUGUUCACUUUGAGAUUCAUCCAUCCUCUCUGAGCCACCUUCGUACUUCCAGGGGUGUUACAGCGUAUUUGUAGAGUCGAUUGUGACUCUAGGCCAGUGUUUCCCAACCAGUGUGCCUCCAGC